CAUGAGAGCUUCUGUGGGUAGUCAUAGCAAUGGGGCCUUCAUUGUGACAUCACAAGAUUCUGAUUCUGGGAGGUUAGCUGUUGCACAGACAAACAGAACAGUGUAAAGAGACUGAUUCAACUAACCACUGACAGAUUAUUCAUGUCCUAUUUCAUUAGCAAGAGAACAGGCUGCUUACUUGAGAGAGUUAUUGUUAGCUAGGAGGAAGACAUGGACGGUUCAACGCUGACACAGAGGAGGGCUGAGUGUCAGUUGAAGGAAAGGGAGAUCCAGACAGACUACAUGAUGGAGCUAGGAGCCAGGUUGGCUCUGGUGAAGCAGAUCCAGAGGGAGCAGGAGAAGGAGGUAAAGAGGAUUUGGUUUGAGACAAGGAAAAUGCCAAGCCUGAUUGAGGAGAAUGUGAGAGAUGUGACCAACCGUCCACUCACUGAGUUCAUGGCUCCCUGUAUUGACUCCCUCCCACCACUGGCUUUCACCAAUCGGAGGCCUAUACCAACCAUGUUGCAUCCCCCCUCUCCAUUGGCCAUAAGCAAUCAGGAUGCACAGCGGUUCAUUGUAUUUUCCUACUUUGUCCCUGCUGAGUGCCCAGUUGCCACAGAGGCCACUGCAGAUGUAUCUGCUGGUAAAAGAGAGGACUUGUCGCCAGAUACACAUCUAUCCUCAAUGCUGCAUCGAUACCUGCCACACUUCUUUAACGAUGACUCCAUUCCACCACAGCAGACAGUAGAGGGAACCACUGAGGUCUCAGUUGAUCCAGUGGCAAUAUCUAAUAUCAAGGAAGAGGACAGAUUCUAUCCUUUCUCCCUCCCACCACUGGCUCAGCGGCUCAUUGGCAAUUCAUUCAAUGUCCCGGAAACAUACCAGCCUGCUGUUUCAGCCACGGAGUGCCGAGUUGCCACAGUGGCCACUGCAGGUACAGCCACUGUCAAGAGAGGGAACCGAUGGGCAGCUAGAAUUCCUUCAGUGCUGCCUCCAUGCCUGCCACCAGUCUUUGACGAUGACUUCAUGCCUCCAGAGCACACAGUGAUGCCAUUGACUACAAACUCAGGCACAGCCAGACAGGCAGCUAAAUGCCCUGUCCCAAUGCUGCCUCCAAGUCUGCCACGUGUCUUUGACGACAAAUUGCCAGGGGAGGCAGUAGAGGGCACCAGCAAUUGUCCAGUUGCCCGUGAAGCAGCCGCUUCCGUAUCUACUGUCCUCCAAGAGGAGUUUUUGACUGAUAAAAGUCCUCCUGCACCCACAGCACUGCCUCUAAGGCUGCCCUGGACCCACAAUAUUGACCACAAACAGCCAGAGGAGACCGUUGAGAACACCACAGAGUGCUCAGUUGACAUAGAGGCAUGUGCAGUUGCAUCCACUGUCAAGAGAGAGGAAAUGAUGGGUGAUAAAAGCCCUGUCCAUGCACUUCCUCCAAGCCUGGCAUGCAUCCAUGACAAGGACCACAAGCAGCCAGAUCAGAAAGGGAGGGGCACUACUGUGGAGCUGGAUAUCUGCCCUCACGCUCAACAGCUGGUCUCAGAUGCUAACUUAACUCUGGCAACCCGCAAUGAUGAGCUGCCUACCCCUCUGAUCUGCGUGGUCACUAAGAUGCCUGUUAGAGUGGGAGAAUCCACAUGCAGUUCAGAGGGUGAGGAACCCAGGCCCUGGACCCUGGAAGAGGCAAAGGGUAACUGUCAGUAUCGUCUGUAA